AGCGGGAAAACCAAAAACAAAAUGGAGGACGAAAGAGAAAUUUUGAGUCGGUUUAAUAAACUUCCAACCAGUAACCAAGUAACUGCCCUGUUUGUUGGAGCAAAAGACAUCGGAAAACAUCGUGUAGCUAACGCCAUUACCAAGUGUAAUCUAGACUUCAAGCCGCAAAUACGAACAGCAAAAUCCUUACCCCUUCCUCCAGACCCUGAAAAUAAGCGUCCAAGAAUCGACUUCGUAGUCUUCUUCAUCGACAUGAGCAACAAAACCAGCUUGGAUAUUGUCAAGAACUCGUUAAAAUAUGUUGACGUAGAGUACUUUUUAGGACACUGCUGUUUCGUUGUGACUAAUGUGAAAAAUGAACCGAUCCAUGCCAUUGGUAUCCAAGAUGUGGUUGGGUUAUCAGACAUGUAUGACUCACCUCUUAUUUGCUCAGAAUUACAGACAAAGCAAGGGCAAAAUUGUUUAGCCAGGAAGUUGGUCCACUAUCUACAGAUUGCCUCUGGUCAUUGUUCAGAUCUGACACCAAUGUUAGUCGACGUGACAAAAAGAUCAUUCUUGCAAGAGGAGGAAACGUAAAAUUAGAUACCACACAUGAUCCCUAGCCUUUAGGCUAGUGCUGUUAUCUAACAGCAACUGUUAUCUAGUUUUGUCAACCUCCAUGAGAGGGAGGAGAGGGGGGGAUGACAUCAACCCUUCAAAGUAGUUUCUUAGGGAGUGCUCGAAAAUGCUCAAUGCCCCCUUUCAUGUAUGAGUUUUCCAGACUUUGCAGGAUAA